UUGAAAUGAUAUAAAGCCUGUCUUCACUUCUGUUAUAUCAGCCCAGAAAUCUUUGGAUGACACAAUUCAUUGCUGAGUUGAAAUGAUCUCCACGUUCCUUGUCACCUGUGUCCUUUGGACUCAAUACUCUCUAGGUGACACAGAAGUGAUUCACAAGCCUGUUCAAACUAUCAGAACUGGAAAAAAUGUGACUUUGUUCUGUCAGUUGGCCAAACAACAUGACAUUGUUCAGGUCACCUGGCAAAAGAACCAGACCAACAUAGCAACUUACAGCAAGGCUUAUGGAGCUAAAGUGCUGAGCAACCAGAGCAAUAUCCAUCUUUCCCAGAAUGAUCUGACUUUUUCUGCCAUCACUUUCCAUGCGGUGACAUUCAAGGAUGAAGGCUGUUACAACUGCAUCUUCACUACAUUUCCCUUAGGACCUAUUUCAGGCAAGACAUGCCUCAAAGUCUAUGCUCUAACAGAACCUGAAAUGAAUGUGAGGCAUGUUACUAAUCCAGAUAAUACAGAAGAACUGAUUGAAAUAAGCUGCUCAGUAACAGGGAGACCAGCUCCAGUAAUCACCUGGAAGGUCAAGAAACCUCUUCAGAUCAAGCCAAAGACAUAUGUAAUCCAGCACUCAAACAAGACAGUAACUAUCAUCAGUAGUUUUACUCAAGUUUUGUCUGAGACUCUCUCAGAAAACUCAGUAAUCUGUGUUAUUCAGCAUCCAACUUUAAACACUUCGCAAGAGUUGGCUUUACCUGAGAUUGUGCGUGAACAAGCCCAAAACCAAUAUCAAAGAAUUGUCAUUGCAGUUAUCUAUAUACUGACUUCCAUAUUUCUCCUGGGGCUCUUUAUUGUUUCCAUAUACUGGUGCAGGAGACUAGCACUGGUAGCAAAAAAGGAAGAUCUUCCAUGCUGGGUUGUUCCAUUGUGUUCUGGAAGGACAUUAUGUGGAAAAAACUGCUACAGAAAGAAAAAGGCCUCAGUGAAAUCGCUUGCUGAAGGAAACUUUCUGGACACAUGAAACAUCUCUAUAUAAAACUUUCUCAUAUGACAAUACUUUCCCUACAAAGACUCCUUAUUCUGGAUUUUUUAAAAACUAGGUAUUGCCUGUGUGUUUACAAAUAAUAUUUACCUGCCAUAUUCUAUGCAAGGUAUAUUGA